AGGCAGAGGCGCGGGGCGCCGGCGGGGCGCCGGCUGGCCCGCGGCGGUGGUCGCGCUGGCCGCUGCGGGCGGGUGCUCCCGAGGCACCGGCGGCCCGCCGGCGUUUGUGGCGCUGCCGCCGGCGUCGGGUUCGCACGCCGGCCGCCGCGGGUGCAUUGCGGCAGUGGCCGCGGGCGCCGUGGCCUCCGCCCGGCUGGGCGAGGCCUUCGGUGCCGAAGGCCCGCUGACCUGCAACGAGGAGUGCAUCAGCAACUGCCUGCUGGCGUCGCCUGGGCAGCGGUCGGUCUGCGAUGCCUGCGAGGACGAGUGCCUGCCAGGGCGGGCCGUGGCCUCCACGGCCGGCGACAAGGACGGCGCCCGCGUGGCGGGCGCCAGCGAGAAGGAGUGGAACGAGAAGUUCGCCGAGAAUCUGGUCGAAGACUGGGCCAACAAGUUCAUUCUCUACGGCAGUGACGAUGGCAGCGGGCGCUUCCAGGACCUGGCCAACCGGUUCAACCAGGACAAGAAGCCCCUGUUCGACUUCCGCGGCACUCUGAGCCGCUGAGCCUCGCCUCGCCUCGCCCGCUGACUUCGCCCAGUCGCAAGUGCUGAUUUGCUCUGCCUCGUUUGCGCGGUGCGGGCGGCGGUUCACCCGCAUGGUGCAUCGUGGCCGCUGCUGCACCGCCGCUGACCGCGGGAGCAUUCGGCGCCAUCAUUCGUUUGAUCGUCGGCAUCAUCGCCGCUUUCCUGCAUGCAGCCAAGACGCUGAAAUAAGGACCACGUCGU